AUGGUCGCCCUGGUGGAGUGUCCCUCAUUCUCUUCCUCGGCACCCCCUUCCCACAUGUCUGCCAUGGCCAGGGCAGAAGGCCUAAGGGUGGAGUCUGACCAGCAGGGCUCAACAGAGCGGCGCCACGACCCUCUCACAGUCAUGGACGGUGUCAACAGGAUCGUCUCCGUGCGGUCAGGCAGGGAGUGGUCCAGCUGGUCCAACGAGCUGCGCAUCCCGGGGGACGAGCUGAAGUGGAAGUUCAUCAGCAAUGGCUCUGUGAACGGGUGGGGCUGGCGCUUCACUGUCUACCCCAUCACACCGGCCACGGGCCCUAAAGACCUCCUUUCCAAUCGCUGCGUCCUCUCCUAUCCAUCGGUGGACUUGGUGACAUGUCUGUCGGACUUCCGGCUCAACCUUGCCUCGAACAGAAGCACCGUCCCCCGCCUGGCGGCGUCUCUGGCAGCCUGUGCACAGCUAAGCGCCUUAGGUCCUUCCACUCCUCUGGAUGUUCUCUCAGCAUCAAACUCCUCCUCUCAGCUGAUGGUGAAGUGGAACCUGUCCUCUCUGCCCAGCAGCAGCCUGAGUUCCUACAUCGUGCAGUGGUGGCACCUGCCUCAGGGCAGCUGCCUUCACUGCACAACUACUGCUCCAAAGCCUGUGCAACCUGGCUCUCCUUGGGCUCCUCUUUUCCAAGCAGACAAAAUCCCCAUCAGGAAGUACGCCGAUGGCAUCAUCAGUGGCGAGAAGGUGAUGGAGAACCUCAAGACCAAACUGGUGGUGAGAAAGGGCUGUGCUGCACUUGUCCCAAAACCAAGGCUGAGAAGCAAGCCGAGAAAGAGGAGGCCGAGGGCUGCAAGGUCUUCAAGAAUCCCCUGCACAACGCCGUCUUCAUGCCCAGUACCUGCCCUCUGAGGAUGACUCCAGGCGGGGCCUGAUGCUUUCUCACCACCCUGGCCUUUUGUAGGUCAGCAGCCUCAAGACCCAAAAGAAAGCAGAGGGAGGUCAUGCAGGCCACCAGCACCACCAUAUCCAGCU